GCGAAAAUGAGAUGAAAAUAUCAGGCGAGGAUUGAGAAAUCCUAGGUUAGUAACGCUUAACAUGGAGGAUAUUUUAGAUCAAGUAAAAAAACUCACUGCAGACGAACUAAGGACGCGAUUGAAAGAACAUGGAGAGAUUGUCGGACCUAUUUUACCUACGACGAUUGCAUUAUUUCAAAAACGGUUGGCGAGAAAAAUCCUUGCAUCACAGCAAACAACAUCGACCGCGGAUUCGAAAACAUCUGACGACAGUGGAAUAACUUCGUUGUCAAAUGAGAACGGUACAGGGAAAGAUCAAAGUAAUCAUGAAUGCGUUAAUGGGACUUCUAUCGCUGGAGCUACCAACUGUCCACCAGAUGCAUCGACUAAAGUAUCGAAUGGUUUGGCCAGUUCCAAAACUAUCCCCGAGGGCGAGAAAUAUCAAGACAGUGAAUCUAAGAUCAACUUAGAGGCAUCCCAUUUUUACGGAGUCAGUUUACCCACUACUUUCCAAAAGGAAGAUAUUGAAGAUAUGUGCUUUGUCUUCACCGAUAAAGAUUUGGCAUUGAAAACAGUAAAGAAAUAUACUGGAGCACGUUUCAAAGUGUUCAAAUUAAAGUCGGAAGCUGAUGAAUUUUCUCUAAAUUCUGCUGAUGUCAAUUCUCCAUGGAAAAAAGAAUCCAAGGCUGCCAACGAGACUUCAUUUUUGUCUACUGGAGUAAGUGUGGAAAGCUGCCCAUACAAAGCCCCAAAGAUACAAGAGUUAACUGCCCUUAGAAAGAAGAUAGAGCAGGGCGAAUGUCGAGUGGUAGAAAACAUGUUCUGGGAAAACCCUCGCAUGCUAAUUAGCAGUGGAGACACCCCUGUUAUCUUACAGGAAAGUGCCCGUUACAAUGCUCUCCACGUGGCUGCCAAGAGUAACCAGCCAGCCAUGUGCCAGCUCAUCCUGGAUACCUUGGAAGAUCCAAAUUUAAUUGACAAGCUUUACGCACACACCAAAGAAACCCAACUGACACGAACCAACAGGAUCAACUUCAUCGUGGAUCUAUACCUCAACACUCCAGACAAAGGGAGUUGUGAAUCCCCGUUACACUUCGCGUGUAAGUUUGGACACAAGGAUGUUGUCUCUGUGAUUGUGUCUCACCCAAAAGUUGACCGGUUUUUCCGUAACAGCAAUGGACAGACAGCUGCUGAUGUGAUUUGCAGUAGAUGUUCUAACCCAGAUGAAAAUUUGAAAGAUGAAAUUAAAGAAUUAUUGGAAGGUCAGUAUUAUGUGCCGCUAGUCAGGUCUGAAGAUAACACCACACAGCCUGUGAUUGGUCCACCCUGGUCACCUGACAGUAAAAAUCCUGCCAUGAAUGUCCCAUUCUCUUCAUGGAGCCCUAAGGAUCCACUGAUGGCUGUUAAAGCAUGUGCAGGACCCAUGACCCCUUCAAGGGCAGAGCAGUUCCACAAGCAAUGGACUACACCCCCGAGUGGAAGUCCGGAUUAUAUUCGCAGGAAGUUUGUCAUUACUCGACGUGAGGACAGUGACAAAGGAAUGGAGCGACUUGGCCGAGACUUGGCACACCAAAUGCAAGUCCCUUGGCUCGAGUACUGGGAAUUCCUGCAGACAUACGCUGACCUCUCUUCAGAAGAUGGACUAGACUUACUGGAAGAGUAUUUCCAGAAACAAAGAAUUGCUUUGUGUAUUGCUGAUGGUAUAGAGAAACUUGACCUGCUAGCCAUGAACCAUGUUAACGGGGCAGGAACUGACAUUGGAAUAAGCCAGUACAGUAACUUUUCAUGGAAUCUGUUAGCCUUGAGAGAAGAAGUUGAAAAAGACUUGGAAAGUUCUGAUCGAGAAAAUGAUUUUGAUUCCAUUGAUCUGGGUGAAGAAGCGUUUAGUUCUCCUAAACGGGAACCUCAGAUUCAGAAUGGAGGAGCGUGUAAACUAGAAAAUGGUGGUGGGCCGUUAGUCAACAAUGGAACACCUCCUUCUAUGAGAAGUUCCUAUCUACGCAACCAGAAUCUCUACAGUACCCCUGUCAGUGGUGACAGCUACGGUUAUGGACGGGCAGGUCUCCUUAAUCGGUCAAUGGAAAGGAGUGACUUAAUGUUUCAGUCAACAGACAGUAUUACAGGCAAUGGAAGCCCCAUCUCCUGUCUGUCUGCUUUGUUUGCCAAGCUGUCUCUGUUGGAUCGUUCCCGUUCCUCUCCAAGAGGAAUCUCGAAGUUUGUAACUUGUACCUCCUGUAUGGGAAAUCGUUCCCAGUACAUUUCCUCCCCUGGCGACUAUCCUAUGGAUUCUUCAUAUAUGUCAGUAAAGCCCUACGGAAAAGUUCCCUACUUUAAGGAAGCCAAUGAUACAUACAAUGCUCACAUUGCCGCCCAUGAAGGAGGAGAAGCUGUUAGUCAAAAUAACAUCCCAGUAAGUGUUUGGAAACGGCCACCUUUGACAAAAAUUGAACGGGAGGAACUUGAAUCGGAAAAGCUGAAAGAGUCCUCUGCUGCAAAAGCUGACAUGAAUUGGAGGAGUAGCAAACAGCCAUCGUUUGGCUCUGAAAGUGAUCAGGAUCCCUCUUCACUCACUCAGUCACAGAACUCAGAAUUAGAUGAUAGUAUAAACGAACUGACAAACAAUUUCAAAAAGAAAGUUGAGGUGCAGGAUGAGGAGAGUGUUGUUAGUCAGUCAGAGGAUAGCUCCAGUAUUGACUGGCAAAACGCCUCCAAUCGUCUUAAUGUGACACUAGAGAUGGACAGAGAUAAAAUUUCUGGCAUUGUGUUUGAAUCUUUAUUUGAAACUCUAAAUGAGAGAAAAAAUUUGGAAAAUGUAAGUAACUACAGAUCUGCUCCUACACCAACAAGACAAGACAUUGUUGUGGACUUGAAGGAGGAACUUUUGUUAAAAAGUGACAUGAUUAUUGCUGAUGUAGCUGUGAUACCGUUCCACUGUAGUGUUGCAGAAAUGCACCUUUUUAUUGACAUUCCAUUCAAGGUUAUUCAUGUUGACCAUGAGAUGGAUAAAAGCAUAGAUGUGGAGGCUAAUCUGCCUGCUAUUAUUGAUGUGAAGUUUAAUUUCAUUGGGCGUGAUGUUACACAGGCUCUAGCCAUUAGUAACAGCCUGAAGUCAAAGAUGUUCUUCAUUCAUGGGUACCGCCCUACCAAAGCAGACCUUGAUGCCUAUCGGGCCAUGGAGGGUGCUCCUGUGGACAAUGAUCGGUACCCUACAGUGCAGAAGUGGAGGGCACAAGUACUAUCCUACGCCACUGACUCUACUUUCAGUUGGCAGAGUCCAGCGAAAGCGAGGAAGCAGUCAAACCUAUCCUCAAGUUUCCCACUUGGUUCAGCCAAACCCCAGUCGGACAGUCCGAUCACCUUUAGUCCUGUAGCUCCACGGAGUCCCAGACACUCGAUGACCUCCAGUCUCACUAUGCCUAACAUACGGACACAACUGUUCUCACCGUCAGGCCCCAAGAACCGGUGGUCAAUGAUCAAUUGAUGUUGUUACCUUUGACCAUAGAUAUAGAUCAAACAACUGUUUGUUGAUUGGAAUUCUUGACCUCUGACCUGCCGUGUGUGAUUUUAUGACAUGGAAUGAAUGGUACUGAGUGUUGAAAUAAGACAAUGGUGACAAAACUGUUACAGAUUAUACUCUACAAACAGAAAACUGUUACAGAUUAUACUCUACAAACAUAAAACUGUUACAGAUUAUACCCUACAAACAUAAAACUGUUACAGAUUAUACCCUACAAACAUGGCGGUCAUAAAUUAUUCAUCAUAACUAAAGUCCAUUCAUAACUCUGGGUAUACUUACCAUAUAAUAUAAACAUGUUUUAGUGUGAAAAAAUGUGCUCUGCUAUCAACAGUUUGUCAGAUUUACACAAAUUCCAAUUGUUUGUGUCUGCUGGUGAUGUUAUUGGUUAAACAAGUUUAAGGGUCCUUCACUGCAUGUGAAGAGCUGAAUAUGCAAUAUUUAGUAUGUGUAUGCAGGUAUUUACUCAGAAACAGCCGAGUGCUGAUAAAGGGAUUGGUAUUGUUUGAUUAACAGGCUAAAAGUCAUGACAAUCUAAUACUGCUUUUUAGCUCACCUGGUCCGAAGGACCAAGGUGAGCUUAUGCCAUACCGUGGCGUCCGUCGUCCGUCCGUCCGUCCGUCAACAAUUGACUUCUUUGA